GAUUUCCACUUGGGGAGGGCUUGGAAAAGUUAUUCAGCAUAUUUUACCUAUUAAACAAAUACUAUUUAUAGCCAAAAACGUUGGAGAACUAUGCCACAUCGAUCAAGUGAGCGUUGGUUUGUCAUCGCAGCUUUGGCUUCAUGGAACUUAAUGAGUGGUUUCGGGUUCUACGCCUACAUUCUGGAUUGUUAUGUAAAUUAUCCACCUGACCACCAGCGAAGGCAGUUCAAAUAUCACACUUUUGCCGGAACUAUUGACAGAUAUAUAGUUAUGGGAAUUACUGUCGUAAUGCUAUGCCAGAUAGUAGCUUCGAUUUUACUGUGCUUCGCACUAGAUGAGAAAAAUAGAAAAUGUCUUAUUUACGGAAUUUUCAUCAGCAUGGCUUUUCCAUGUGCUUGUCUUCCGGUUUGGCCAUUAGCUGUCACCCAUGUCAGUCUUGUUUUGGUAGUACUGAGUUAUUACUUUGAGUAAUUUCUAAAAAUGUUAAAUAUGGUAUUUAAAAAUUUUGAGUUUAUAGCAAUAGAUUUAUUUUGACCCAAACCUA